AUGUGUAUUGAUCAAGAAGAACUAACUGUAACAACAUCUCAAGACAGUGGGAUCAAUUUAUUGAUUCAAAUUCAAAAUUGUCGCGAACAUUUUCAAACAGUAAAGCAAGUAAGUGAACACUUGUAUGCAAAAGAACCUCAAACACAUAGAACAAAUUGUCAACAUAUAAUAACAAAACAUGUUCAAAUGGAAAGUGAUCCUAAUUUUGGUAUGACAUUAUCUUCAGAAACAAUGAUGAGCAAUAUCAAAAUGUAUGAAAAUAACGCAUCUGGUGAAAGCGCAACAGUAAAAAACAAGUCUCCUGACGACAACCUUGCCGUUUUCAUUCCCCAUACACGUACGCCAUUAAAGCACGCAGAAAAUGUGCUUGCGCUUUAA